AUGAUAUACUCCUCUGGAAGGGAAUCCUACUUCAACUUGAACUCGACCUGGUACGACCCCUCGGGGUCCUGGCUGGACACGCGGCGCACGCCCUUUCGCUACGGCUACGAGACCUGCUCCUCGGGGUGCGACGGCGAAGGCGUGGAAGGAAUGAGGGGGCACAACUACCGGCACUACGGCUACCGGCAGCCGGUCUGCUCCGAGCGGUGCCACGGCUACACGGCGGCUGAUUCGUGCCACGGAGGCGGGGGCUGCGUCAGGAGACCCACCUACAGCUACGGCUCCACGGGGGGAUGCCACGGCCACGGGCGGUCGGUGUGCUCCGAGAGGUGCCACACGUCCUCGGGUUCGUGCCAUGGAGGUGGUGGUUCCAGCUGCGUCAGGAGACCCACCUACAGCUACAGCUCCACAGGGGGAUGCCACGGCUACGGGCGGUCGGUGUGCUCCGAGAGGUGCCACACGUCCUCCGGAGGAGGGUGCCACGAGACCCUCCAGAGCUCGGGGUACCAGCCAUGCUGCAGCAAGCCGGUGCAGCGGGUCCCGCAGAUCUGCCCCCUGCCCACCUAUCCCGUCCCGGUGCAGCAGGGCUGCGUGCCUGUGGCAAAGUGUGUCCCCAGCCAGCAGAAGCAGCAGGUCUGUAAAGUGCCAGCCCGGAAAAUAAAGUAG